UCUGGCCUCUUCCUUUCUCUCUCUCUGUCUCUCUCACCUUCUCUUCUUUCGGCCACGCCGCAGCCCAGAUGCGCCUCAGGUCCCUGGAAGGCCGGCUGGGAAGAUGCCGGCGCCUGCGGAGACGGUUGCAGCGACGACAGGGGGCCCCGCCUUCCUACUCCGUCCCGUCGCCCCCUUUCUCCUCCUCUCCCCCCCGGCGGCGCGCCCCGCUCGGCCCAAGUGACUUCCCCUUGCUGCCCUCUGUUAGGAUGGCGCUGUAAGACUGGGUGAAGAGGCCCCUCGGGGAUGCCCGACUGCCCUCCCGCCCCGGGGUCCCUUUGCAGAGGGGCUGGUCUUGUGGGGCCGCUUCUCGUGGCCCCUAGCAAGGGCUCCCGGAUGGCUUUUCCCGUCGCUCACCUCUGAUGCGGCAGAGCGGGCCCGGCGCAUCUCGGCUCCUGCCUGCGCUCCUGUGCCCGCGGGCGCCCGUCUGGUCUUCCCAUCGUCUCGAUUCCGCGACCACAGCGGCAUGCUCCGCCCUCCGGUCUGGCGCUCUCCUCCGGUUCCCCGGACCUGCGCUUGGAACAUUUUGCACCAGAGCUGCCGCCGGGACGGGACAGCUCGCCCCUUCUUCCCCUCUUCGCCGCCCCUUCGCCGCUUUUCUGAAUCUGCCGCCCUCCUCCUGCCUCUCCUUUCUCCUCUUCUCUCAGCCUACCUCCUUAGCGGCUCCUUCUGUGGCGCCAAGGCAGAAGGGGAGGUGGCUGCUCUGAACCGCCGGAUCCAGCUGGUGGAAGAGGAGCUGGAUCGGGCCCAGGAGCGCCUGGCAACGGCCCUGCAGAAACUGGAGGAGGCGGAGAAGGCUGCUGAUGAAAGUGAGAGAGGCAUGAAGGUGAUUGAAAACAGGGCCAUGAAGGAUGAGGAGAAAAUGGAAAUCCAGGAGAUGCAGUUGAAGGAGGCCAAGCACAUUGCUGAGGAGGCCGACCGAAAAUACGAGGAGGUUGCCCGUAAACUGGUCAUUCUGGAGGGGGAACUGGAAAGGGCAGAAGAACGAGCCGAGGUGUCCGAGCUGAAGUCCAGUGACCUGGAAGAGGAGCUGAAGAAUGUGACUAACAACCUGAAGUCUCUUGAAGCUCAGUCAGAGAAGUACUCCGAAAAGGAGGACAAGUAUGAAGAAGAAAUCAAGCUUCUGACUGACAAGCUGAAGGAGGCUGAGACACGGGCUGAGUUUGCAGAGAGAACAGUUGCUAAACUGGAGAAGACGAUUGAUGACCUAGAAGAAAUGUGCCAAAAUACUGUUCUUUGGUUCAUCUCCUUCAACAUUUUGAGAGGACCGAAAAACAGCACUCAUUUCCUGUUGGCCCAUCGAUUGUGUCCUGAUGGCGAAAGAGUGGCUUUGGGUUUUUUUACUUCUGUAUUUAUUAAUUUUUGCAAGGAGAUUGGGGGGGGCAUGAGCAAAAUUCAAAUUAAAUUAUCCAAUCCCUUUAAAUGCAUCCUGUAACAUGGCUAUAGCUUUUCAUCUGAUAAUAAAACUUUUUUUUAGUAUACA